AUGGUCAUUGCUAACCAGCCCGUUUGCUGUACCCUAGUAGGUGAUGGUAUGGUAGGGAAGACAUCAAUAGCACACACUUUUAUUGGAAAACGGGUGGAAGAGAAAUAUGUGGCUACAGUAUUUGAAAACUAUACAGGAGGGACCUACAUCAAUGGAGAGAGUCAUACAGUCAACAUAUUCGAUCCUGCGGGUCAGCAUGACUAUGACCGAAUGAGGGCCUGUACUUAUACAGACUGUGAAGUAAUACUUGUGUGCUACAAUGCAAGCGACAGAGACACAUUUGACAAUGUUACAUCAUUUUGGCUACCGGAAAUAAGGCGGUUCAGAGGCAAGAAAUCAACACUCAUUCUUGUUGCAACAAAAACGGAUACUCGGAAUCCGGAUUCUGACUCUUCAGUUAGUACACAAGAAGGAAAAGACUUGGCAAGGAAAAUCAACGCUGUAGGAUACAUGGAAACUACUACACAGAAUUAUAAAAGUGUGAAAGACGUUUUCGAGAAAGUCGUCACAAGUGCUUUAAAAUGCAGAAAGAAAAAGAACAAAUUUUUCAAAAAUAUUUUUCGGCGACAACCAAACCGUUUUUAA